GUUAGAGAGGCGAGUUGAAAAACCGGACUGUCUUAGUGUCCCGGAAUUAUAGGGCCAGUUGGCCACCCUACCUCCAACAAAUACCUGCGCUCACUAAAUACUGAAAAAUACAUAUGCGCAACCCGUAUCCUGCUGCACUGUGCAGAGAGAGGCAAAUUCAUAAAGUUUAUUAAAGCUUCGUGAUACUGGAAUCAUUGUAACUCUGAAAAUAAACUUCGUGGUUUUCAGUAGACCGCCGAAUAGAGUGCUGGCUUCUCCUGCGGAGUGUUAGACAGAGCUGGUCAGAGAACUACAAAUCCCACAAUCCUCGAUGGUGUCUCGCGGGGAGGAAGGGGAAUGUGUAUCACGUGUUUCAACAGGAAGAUAAUUCCGCUUCAGUUUGGACGGGAGACAGAUUUGUGCAUUAUUAGAUUGGUAUUGCGGACAGACGUGCGAACUGCUGGAGAAAGCUGCAGCAUUGAACUCUGGGAGCCUUAAGAGCAAGUACCCGUAUGUUUGUUGUGUUCAUGAAUAUCCGUUACUUUUUUAUUCUUCUGGCCAGGGGACGUAGCUGUGGUGAAGAUAAACUGAUUCCUCGUGCUGCAUGAUCAUCUAAUCAGAUAUGGAAUCUGCCCUCAUUAAAGAAGAGGCCUCUACACUGCCAGCGGUCUCCUGUGACGAGGGGCCCCCUGGCCUGGAACGUGUCCACAUCAAAGAAGAGGCUCCUGAUCUGGAAGCUGUCCCCAGUGACCAGGAAGCCUUGGACAUUAAAGACGAGGGCCCGGACGUGGUGCUUGUCAUUGUUAAAGAGGAGCCUCCUGAAUUGGAACCUGUGAGCACUCCAUGUGACCCUGACGCAGUGGAGGAGACCACUCAGUGGAGACGGACCAUCUCUCCCACGAAGAAAAGUCUAAAGCAUCGAAAUAGAAAAAGGGAGAGAAUGCUUCCAGGUUCUGUGUCUGAAACCGAUUCCAAGACCGCAAGCAACUGCCAUGAAUGCAGCGAGUGUGGAAAGAGUUUCAGCCAGUUACAAGCCUGUAGAAAUCACCAGCGCACUCACACAGGAGAGAAGCCCUAUCGAUGCACUGUGUGUGAGAAGAGUUUCAGCCAGCUAGGAACCCUGAAAACACACCAGCGAAUUCACACAGGAGAGAAGCCCUAUCACUGUACUACUUGUGGGAAGAGUUUUAGUGACUUGGGAAACUUUAAGCAGCAUCAGCAAACCCACACGGGAGUGAAAACGUGUCGCUGUACAGAGUGUGGGAAGACCUUUGGGAAUUUAAAUAUUCUGAAAACACACCAGCGAAUUCACACUGGAGAGAAGCCCUUUCACUGUGCUGAAUGCGACAAGAGUUUCAGACACUUGUACAGCUUUAAAAUUCACCAGCAGAUUCACACAGGAGAGAAACCAUUUCACUGCACUGACUGUGGGAAGAACUUCAACCAGUUAGUCCACCUGCAGUCACACCAGCGAAUCCACACAGGAGUGAAGCCGCUGCUCUGCACACAGUGUGGGAAGAGUUUUAGGCAUUUGAACAGCUUAAAAAUCCACCAGCAGAAUCACACCGGAGAGAAACCGCACCAGUGUGAUGAAUGCGGGAGGAGUUUCAGUCAGUCAGGAAACCUUAAAAAACACCAGCGCCUUCAUACAGGAGAGAGACCGUAUCAAUGCCCUGAAUGCAAGAAGCGCUUCAGUGAAGUCUGGGCUAUGAAAAGACACCUGCGAAUUCAUAAGAAAGACAUUGUGGAAAACACAGACGCGUGUCCUGCACUUGUAUAAAUAAUGGGACUGACUGGUGAUUUCAUAUCGUUACCCAGGUAGAUAACUUUCCACUUCAGAUGGAUCCAAAUUUAUUAUCUUGUAAAUCAGAAUGAUAUGAAUUGCCUAUGAUCAUUCUCUUAAAUAAAAAUAGAAAUAUUAUAAACAGAAACAAGAAGUGAAUGGCUUGUUCUAUACCUGUUGUGUUCUUUGCGAUGUUAAUGAGAUUUGGUGUCUCUCCACUCUUUCAUCACACUCCCCGUUAAUGUAAUGCAGGUUACACCACAUACUCCUGAUUGCUGGGUCAUCUUGUUGCAUUUUGUUGUGAUCUGUCCUGUUGUAUUCGUGAGUAGAGUAUGUCUUGUCUUAGUUUCUGUAACACAUUAGAGCAGUUUGAGUGUGACCAGGCUGUGAUGUGCAGAGUCUCUACCAAUAGACACACGGCGCUCUUUUCUGUUACCUGAUCAAACGUUAUUGCAUAUUGUUUGCCUUUACUGGCAGCGUCCUUUUUUAUUCUUUCAUAAGAAGUGUAUCACAUUUACUUAGCUUCGUUUUUAUAAAGAAUAUCUAGCCAAAAUGCGGAUUACAGAGCCCUUCCUUUUCCCAGAAUAGACACAUUCAUUCCCCAGCCCUCUAACAAGACUCCUUAAAACAACUGUGUUUGUGGGGCUCCCGAGUGGUGCAUCCGGUAGAGGCACUCCGCGUGGAGUGCAGGAUGCGCUCUAUAGCCUGGACGUCGCCGGUUCGAGUCCAGGCUAUUCCACAGCCGACCAUGGACGGGAGCUCCCAG